UGGCUAACUUAAAUUUAGACAUUUUCUACAACAAAACACGAAAUAAAUUUACAGCACAUAAUUUUGCUGCUUAACCACACACUGAAACCAGCCGUUUAGUGUCAAAGCUGCCUUUAUUAGCCGACCCAAAAAGCACUUUACGGCUAAGCUUGUCUUUAUCUUGCAGCUACGGAAGUCCCUGAAGGCAGCGUGAGUGGAUCAUGUGACCAAUUCCUAACCGGUGUAGGAAGGAUCAUUUAGGCUUUUCAUCCUGAAGGUAGCAGAGCAAGACGACAGAAAAUGUGCACCAGCGUCCAGCCCAUCCAAUGGACGAGCGACCUCAGGAACCAGAAUUUUGAUGGGAUUGUUUUAGUGACCCAGAGCCAUGAAUCCCUGCCCUCUGAACUUGAGUCCCUGAAAGCCCCACUGCAGGACUACAGUGCUGUGGACAGCGGUCUGGGGGAGGAGGUGGUGGUCAUCAAGGUCCCUGGCCUUCCUGGUAACCGCUUGGUGUUUGCCUCCACCGGCCCCGUAAACCGCGACUACGAUGACAUCAGGCGCUUCAGUGAUGCAGCAGUCAACGGGAUCCAGCGUGCCUUAAAAGCUGGCAUGCAGCGCCCCCUGCUGGUGUGCCCUCCACACGCAGACUACAAGAACAACACCUUGGUGGCUGCGCUCGGAGCCCUUCAUGCACUCUACAUGCCUCUUGAAGUGAGAGAGAGCAACGUGAAAAAAAAUGACCACAAGGUGUGUGUUCUGGGACUGUGGGCAGCGGAAGAGGCUCGGGGAACAAAGCUGGUGGAGCUGGCUAAUGCUCUGGAGAAUGGGAGACUGGCGUACCGUGACAUCGGUGGAUCAGACCCUGAACGUAUGGCUGCUCCUCGUGUGGCUGAUUACGUCCAGGAACUCUUUAAAGACAGCCCUGUGAAGGUUGAAGUGGUGAGCGACCUGAAGACUCUGGAGAAAGAGUAUCCGUGCCUGGCUGCGGUCAACCGCUGUGCCAACAGUGUACCCCGUCACCAGGCCCGAGUCGUCAAACUGCAGUACUGCGGAGAGGGGCCGAUCGAAAAGACGCUCAUGUUGGUGGGAAAGGGUAUCACCUACGACACCGGUGGAGCAGACAUCAAGGCUGGUGGCGUCAUGGCCGGGAUGCACAGGGACAAGUGUGGAGCUGCUGCUGUCGCUGGCUUCUUCCAGAUCGUAGCCCAGCUGAAGCCACAGCACCUGAAGGUUGUUGGCGUGAUGGCCAUGGUGAGGAACAGCGUGGGUGCAGAUUGCUACGUGGCGGAUGAGCUGGUGGUUUCCCGUGCGGGUCGUAGGGUGAGAGUGGGAAACACUGAUGCCGAGGGUCGUAUGGUGAUGGUCGACCUGCUCUGCGAGAUGAAGGAGAAGGCAGUAAAUGAAGUUUCUCCGCAGCUGUUUACUAUCGCCACUCUGACUGGUCACGCCAUCAGAGCCAUGGGACCCAACUACUCUAUCAUCAUGGAUAACGGACCAGCCCAUCGCAGCGGGAACGCUGCUCAGUGGCAGAAAGCCGGAGAGGUGCUGGGCGAUUUGUUUGAGGUGUCUACUAUCAGGCGCGAGGACUAUGAGUUCCACAAGGGCCAGUCUGAGUACGAGGACAUCCUGCAGUGCAACAACCUGCCGUCCUCUGCUACACCUCGAGGACAUCAGACACCUGCAGCUUUCCUCAUCAUGGCUUCAGGACUUGACAAGCACGGCGUGGAUUCUGAAGCCCCUCUGCCGUACUCCCACAUUGACAUCGCCGGGUCCAGCGGUCCUUUCCCAGGUGUACCAACAGGAGCCCCAAUCGUCACCAUGGCAACCAACUACAUACUCUCUGAUCUCUAAACAGAGAAAUUUAGUCUCUGCACUUAAACCCUGCACAAAUUUCUUCCCAUCCAAUUACAAAAGAAACACCUGCUACAGCACUUAAAAAAUUAAAAAUAAUCUGUCCUGUUUGACAUGAAUUAAUACCUCAGACUGCUUUUCUGUAAGACUGUUUGCUGCUUCAUAUCCGAAUCAAGUGUCAAACCAGCCUGUCAAGUGGCCUGAAUCAGUACAUUCUCAGGGGUUAAAUGGCCGUGCAAACGUAACAUCCUUUUCUAUGUGUGCCUGUAUGUAUGCACCAGACUUUAGAUGUGAUUUGUGUAAUUUGUGACACCAUGUGCUUGUCAAACCAAGUACUUCAUCAAUAAAAAGGUUUUUGAGGUC